CAAAAAAAGUGUUGUGCUAAAUAAAAAACAAAAAAAAAACCACUUACAAAUUAAAAAGAAAAGUAAAAUUCCUUUAGAAAAUCAAAAAAUGUUUGAUCCCUUUGUGAAAAUAAAGAAAAAGCAAAAUAUUGUGGUCAAUGAUUUAGAAUCAAUAGAAAUAGUGGAUGAUUUAAAUGAGAAUUCUUCGGAUUCGGAUAAUGAUUGUUGCUGUUUAACACCGCCCCCAACAGCAGCUAAUACACCCACAACACCCAAAUCUCCUGCCACAGCAACUAAUACAACAACGGCGGCGGCCACAGCAGCAGCACAAGCAACAGCAGCCGCAGUACAAGCCAUUGCUAAUGAAUUAGCCGCCUCUACCAGCAAAGCCUCAAGUACAAAUGCAGCAGCAACAUCUUCAUUAAAUUUAAAUAAUUGUAGUCGUUUGCAACAAUUAAUAGCAGCACCGCCUAUAAUACAAACCACUCACCAGCAGCAGCAGCAGCAACAGCAAUUGAAUACACCACCCACACCACCGCCCUCUACACCACCAACACCUGCCUUACAUAGAUCGGAAAUAUUGCAACAUCAUUUACAGUCAGCCUGCAGCAAUACAAAGGCCAAUCUUAGCCCUUCACAACCUUCGGUAUUACAACAACAUUUAGGUCAUUUGCCUACACAAGAAAGACCAAAUUUACAAACUUUAACUCGACAUUUAACAACAACAACACCUGCCUCUUCUCAAUAUUCUACUCUAAGCCAGCAAUUGUCCUCCAGCUCCUCUUCAUCAUCUUCUAAUAGCGGCUCCUUGUUGCAAGAAGUUUUUUCAAAUCACAAUUUACAAAAUGUAUUAAAAAGACAAAGUUCCUCAAUAAGUAACGCGAGUACAAAUUCUUCAACGUCUUCUUCUUCAUCUUCGUCCUCUUCCUCCUCUUCUUCGUUGUCUUCUUCUGCUGCUAGCACGGUCCCUUCAAAUACAAAUUCUACUUUAAGAAGUUUGGUUUCAAAUCCCUCUUCUUUGAUAACAUCAAGUACAACUUUAAAUAGUAUUAUAGCAAAUCGUUUAAAUUCGCCUCCAGCUUUAACCCACCAUCAACAACAACACCAGCACUCAAUUACCAGCCCUGCAAAUUCCUCUAAUACACCAACAGGAGGUGCAGCAUCCUCUUCUUCAUCGUCCUCCUCUUCCUCCUCUUCGUCUUCUUUAUAUCAUCAGCAACAUUCCGCUUUAACGAAUUCUAUAACCCAUCGUAUACAUCAAUCAAUACGCCGACAUUUAAAUCAACAACAAAAUCAAGCUUUGGCCACAAGUCAGCAACAACAACAGUCAGUAGCUGCACAACAGCAUCAUCAACAUCAAAGAAGCCAGCAACAACAACAACAACAGCAGCAGCAACAAAACUCUCAUUUACAGCAUCACAAUCAUCAUCAACAUCAUCAUCACCACCAUCAUACUUCGCAGCAGCAGCAACAACAUUCCUCUUCUAACGGAUCUUCUUUAUCUUCCUCCUCUUCUUCCUCAUCAUCCUCUUCUUCUUCAAAUAACAAUAAUAAUAAUAAUAAUAACAAUUCAACAAAUUCUCCUUUAUGUGUAGUAUUAUUGGUUAAAUGUCCAAAUUCUAAAGAAUAUUGUAAUGCUUUACAACAACAAAAUAAUAACAACAAUCAAAAUCAAUUAAUAAAUCCCAAUCCUGCAAGUGUAAAUCAACAACAACAACAUAACCACAACAACAAUCAUCAUCACCAUCAUCACCACCACCAACAACACUUACAUUGCUGUGAUAAUAAAAGAUUGCCGGUGAAUGAAUGUCAGGCAAGUCAAACUGCUAGAGUGACAUCUAACCUAAACGCAUCCAGUAGUACAAUGGCGGUUAGUCGCGUACCUUCACCGCCUUUACCGGAAGUAAAUACACCAGUUGCUGAGAACUGGUGUUACACACAGGUGAAAGUGGUUAAAUUUAGUUAUAUGUGGACCAUAAAUAAUUUUAGUUUUUGUCGCGAGGAGAUGGGCGAAGUUUUAAAAUCCUCCACAUUUUCUGCCGGUGCUAAUGACAAAUUAAAAUGGUGUUUACGUGUUAAUCCAAAAGGUCUAGAUGAAGAAAGUAAAGAUUAUUUAUCCUUAUAUUUAUUAUUAGUUUCCUGCAAUAAAUCAGAAGUUAGAGCCAAAUUUAAAUUUUCCAUAUUGAAUGCUAAAAGAGAAGAAACCAAAGCCAUGGAAUCACAGAGAGCAUACCGUUUUGUACAAGGCAAAGAUUGGGGUUUCAAAAAGUUCAUUAGACGAGAUUUCCUAUUGGAUGAAGCCAAUGGUCUACUACCCGAAGAUAAAUUGACAAUAUUCUGUGAAGUUAGUGUUGUGGCCGAUAGUGUUAAUAUUUCUGGUCAAUCAAAUAUUGUACAAUUUAAAGUGCCCGAAUGUAAAUUGAGUGAAGAUUUGGGUAAUCUCUUUGAUAAUGAGAAAUUUAGUGAUGUAACGUUAGCCGUGGGUGGCCGUGAAUUCCAAGCACAUAAAGCUAUACUGGCAGCUCGUAGUGAUGUCUUUGCUGCCAUGUUUGAGCAUGAAAUGGAAGAGCGUAAAUUGAAUCGUGUCGCCAUAACGGAUGUUGAUCAUGAAGUUUUAAAAGAAAUGUUACGUUUUAUUUACACUGGCAAAGCGCCAAAUUUAGAUAAAAUGGCCGAUGAUCUCUUAGCAGCAGCUGAUAAGUACGCUUUGGAAAAGCUGAAAGUAAUGUGUGAGGAAGCGCUGUGCGUUAAUCUCUCCGUUGAAACAGCAGCUGAAACCUUAAUAUUAGCCGAUCUCCAUAGUGCGGAUCAAUUGAAAGCACAAACGAUAGAUUUUAUUAAUACUCAUGCCACCGAUGUAAUGGAAACUCAAGGUUGGCAAAACAUGAUCACAACACAUUCACAUUUAAUUGCUGAGGCAUUUCGAGCGCUUGCAACACAACAAAUCCCACCGAUCGGACCACCCAGGAAACGUGUAAAAAUGAGCUGAAAUUUUAAUAGAAACAACUCAAACAACAGCAACAACAAAUACAUAGAUAAUCAUCAUUAUAAUAAUAAUAAUAUUAAAAACAACAACAACAGCAACAAUAAUUAUUAUAAUAAAAACAAAAACA